GUGAUUUUUUUCGUUCGGCAGUCCUGGUCAGAUAACAAUCCAAAACGAGCCGAGUGACCAGUAUCAACAUGUACCGGGUGGAAGCGAUUUCCAAAAUCGCAGUCGUCAUUGUGAUUUUUUCAAGUGUCGUUGCGAGAUCGAAAUCUCUUGAGGAGAGAAAGGACGGAAACAGUCGUUUCAGCAAAAGAUCGACGUUUUGUCCGUCGAACACUCAAUGUGUUCCACUUACUUCCUGUCCAAUACUCAGCAAUCUCAUCGACAAUGACUGUAUCCUCAGCAACAGUAUCGGAGACCUAGGUUGCGGGUACCAAGGUUCCGGCCUGGUUUGCUGCCCCCAAACCGGCGAACCCACCACCCUUCUACCGACGGCAUCAGACGGUACCAGGUGUGGCGUCAGCCAAGUGCAAGGGGACGGGUACGAGGGCAUAGGAGCGUACCCGUGGCUGGCCAGGGUCGGAUUCAGGAACGUUCUGACGGGAGAAGUGAAAUAUCCUUGUACGGGCUCAAUUAUUAGCAACAGGAUCAUACUUACUGCUGCCCACUGUGCACUAGCAAAAGCUGAUAAUUUCAAACUAUUUUCGGUGAGAUUGGGAGAAUGGAAGACCAACACAGACAUCGAUUGCGGAGAAGAAUUCUGUGGACUGCCGCCGCAAGACAUAGGCGUGAGUCACGUGAUAGUCCAUCCAGGAUACCAAAAACAGACAUACAGAAACAAUAUAGCUCUGUUGGUGACGAAAAGCAGAAUGAACUAUACGGUGACUACUCAGCCAAUCUGUUUGCCAGAAUCAUGGUCGGUUACUAGUAACAAUGCACUGCUAGUAGGAUGGGGUAAAGCAGCCAGACAAACGUAUGCACCCCCUUUACAGCAAAUACUAAAAUUGCCAAUAAUAAGCAUUCAAGAAUGUGUCAGGGUUUAUGGAAGAACAUUGCCAAUUUCUGAAGAACAAGUUUGUGCAGGAGGAGAACCAGGAAAUGAUGCUUGCAGUGGUUUUGGUGGAGCCCCCCUUCUAGUGAGACAUGGAGACAUGCAUUAUCAGGUGGGAAUACUUUCUUUCGGUUCGGACCAAUGUGGGGCUCCAGGAGUGCCGAGUGUAUACACAAACGUCAAGAAAUACAUCACUUGGAUCAGGGAAAACAUACCACAAGUUUAUGAUAAUUGAGAAAUAUAAAGACAAUCUAGGUUUAAGAAGUUCAAUAAAAAGUGUUUGGACUUACAUAUUUCACUUGAUGUAGGAACCUCAUGUCACCAAACGCAAGUCCAUGGUUCACACUUGUAGUCUUUGCAAUACAGUUUACACUGAUUUCAA